GUUCCUGUUGUAACUUAUUUGUAAAACAGAUAUAAACAUCGCUGUCUCUCCAGUUUUAUUUUUUGCUCUUCCCUUAGGUGAAUAAGACAAAAUAGGAUCUUGGCCCUGAAAGGUUAAACAAAUCUUGCUUCCAAAAAGGCUAAAUAACUGAUUCUUCACAAACUAUAGCAUAUAUAUUAUUUAUAUUAUUAAGACACAUAUUGGUACACUAUUAGAUUAGCUGUAGAGUUAAUCAGUUCCUGUGGAGCAGUGAUUCUCAGAUCUUUGUAGGUCUGUUCUAUAUUAUGCUUCAUGGACAAUUUAUCACAAGUGUCAUGGCCCUGACGAGAGCUAGCUCAAAAUGUCAUAACAGAGAGCAUGAAAAAUAGCAUAUUCAUUUUAGUAAUAGUGUUGUUAUCUAAAACAAGCUGGGAUUUCUUUUCUUUCUUUUUUUGGGGGGGGGAAAACUGUCCAAUUUCAGUAAUUAGUGGUGUGAGGAACUCAGAUUUAUUAUUAAUAGAUCCCCUUGACUGUAAUCCUCCUUAACUUUGAAAAGUAUAAUGCAGGAUCUACUGUUAUUUACUUUGGAGUUUGACAAAGUUAUACACAAUCUAUGGAUUGCACUAUCUUAGCCAAAUCAGGAUAAGUACAGACAAGUCGCACCAAUGAUGCAGAUUUCCGGCUAUGCCUACUCAAUCCUAGACACCCCCAACUUCAGUACAAAACAGUUUUUCCAUGUUUGAAGACACAGUGUAUUAAGAAGAGCAAAUUCAUUGGAACUACAAGAGCAAAUUCCUUUUAAUGAACGUGUAGAGAACCAUCACAGGAUACACAGCCCAUUAAGGAAGAUUACAUGCUCAUAGGGGAGAUGAAAGUGAAGAAUCCGUGGCACAAGCCAAAGAUCAUCUGUAUCGCUUGCAUUAUAGCGGUGGGAAUCAUCAUAAUGGUGGCAAUUGCAGUAGUACAACACAAACCUCUACAACAGAAAUACAAGUAUGGGAUAGUCCUUGAUGCAGGGUCUUCUCACACAUCUGUUUACAUCUACGAGUGGCCAGCUGAGAAAGAGAACAACACUGGCAUGGUACAGCAGAAACAUUCAUGCAAUGUAAAAGGAAAAGGGAUCUCCAGUUACUCAAGUUAUCCAUAUGAGGCUGGUCAGUCAUUGAAGGAAUGUAUGGAUGAGGCCAAGAUGGCCAUACCAGAGUACAGACACCAUGAAACUCCUGUAUACCUGGGAGCCACAGCAGGCAUGAGACUACUCAAGAUGGACAAUGAUAUGGCCUCUGAAUCUGUGCUGAUGUCUGUGGAGAAAUUUCUUCAGACUUACCCAUUUAACUAUCAGGGAGCUCGUAUUAUCACUGGUCAAGAAGAGGGAGCUUUUGGCUGGAUCACUGUCAACUACCUAAGUGAUAACUUCCGAAAGGCUUCAGGGACUAUGGGAGCUCUUGACCUAGGUGGAGCCUCCACCCAGAUCACCUUCGUGUCUGGACAGGAAUCGCAGUCUCCAGACAACUCUAUUGAUUUCCGGCUCUAUGGAAAUGAUUAUCAUCUUUACACCCAUAGUUUUCUUUGUUAUGGAAAAGAUCAAGUGCUAAAGCUUUCUUUGGAACAACAAAUACAAACACUUGAUAUGACAGAUAACAUAGUUCUGAAGGACCCUUGUUUCCAUCCAGGCUAUAAUGUCAGUAAGACUUUUGGUAGUGUCUUUGACAGCCCCUGUACCAAAAAGGUUACCAGACAGCAGAUACAGAACCUAACUCAUUUGGGCCUGGGGAAUUGGAAUAAGUGCCAUGAAGCAGUUAGAAGGGUCCUUAAUCAUACUUACUGUCAUUAUUCAACAUGUUCCUUCAAUGGCAUCUUCCAGCCCCCUGUGGAAGGAAGAUUUGGGGCAUUUUCUGCUUACUUCUUUGUGAUGAACUUUUUAAAUCUGACCAAUUAUAGCUUGGAUAUGGCCAAAACAAACCUGCAACAUUAUUGCAACACUCCCUGGAACAAGAUAAAGCAACAAUACCCCCAAGUAAAGGAGAAGUAUCUUGCAGAAUAUUGCUUCUCAGCUACCUAUAUCAUAACCUUGUUGGAAGAUGGAUACAACUUCACUUCUGACAACUGGAAAAACAUUGAAUUCAUCAGAAAGAUUGGAGACAGUGAAGCUGGCUGGACACUGGGUUACAUGCUGAACCUGACUAACAUGAUUCCUGCUGAAGCUCCAGACACUCCACUCCUGCCUUAUGGGGGCUAUGUCACGCUCAUGCUCUUCCUCUCUGUCCUGAUUUUUGUCUUUUUGCUACUUGGUUUCAUAUUUUUCCGUCGACCAUCUGGCCAACCCCAUAAAGAAAUCAUUUAGACGUUAACAGACGCAGACUGCUAUCUGUCCUUAUUUAUCAGAUAUUUCUGAAGAAUGAAUCAUACGGGACUGAAAACCACUUUUUAAAGCUCUUCAAGAGUGUAAAGCUAUGUGCUUUAAUAGCAGGUCAGUGUAAGACAAUAAAGACUGUAUACCUCAUGUUAAGGAAACAAAGGCUGAAUUCAAGGAUUCGAACCCUGUGGAAUUGGAGGACAUGAUGCCUAUUCAUGUUUCUGAUUUCUAGACUUUUAAGGCUAAAAAAAAAUCUCAGGAGUACAGAUUAUAACUGAUAUUGCAGAAGGCUGUAGGAUUCCUCUCAUAGACAGUACGCACUGAUUUAAGUAUAUUGUGUGCCUUCAAUCCCUAUGAAGAGCACAUAUUAAUCCUCAAGCAUACAAAACAUAUUUUAUUCAAAAUGCAAUACAACUGCCUGACUGAAUAGGGCAGGUGUAGCAAUGUAGCCCUAUAGCUAUGUUAUGGCCAUAUACAAUGCACAUAAGCCUGAGUAGUUUUAGUAUUAAUUCAUUAUGAUAUUUCUGGAAGCACACACUGUGUUUCUUGUACUGAAAGAUAAGAACACGCUGUUGGAUCUGUUGGAUUUGUCUUUUUAUCCAAAUAUAUGGUGUUUAUAUUGUGCAUUAAAUAUACUGUAAUGAUGAUAGAUGUCCAAAAUGACAGACUGUCAAAUGGAGGCACAUUCAAUUAAAAGCACUGUGUACGGU